CAAGAAAAGAAGGCAAUUGUUGAAAAUAUUAGAAAAUUUAGAAAAAAAAAGAGCAAUUUAAAAUUAAACAUACACAUAAUACAUUAAAUAAUAAUAAUAAUAAUAUAUAUAUAUAUAUAAAUAAAAUGUUCACGGGCAAAUUGCAAUUAAAAAUUUGUGAAGCAUGCGGGCUACGUCCCACUGAUUUUCAAAAGAGGCAUAAUAUGGCUUUUGGAAAACCUGAUGAUCAACCAAUGGAUCCGUAUGUUUCAAUUGAUGUGGAUGAAGUACAUUUAGAUCAAACAACAACAAAAGCGAAAACUUUUGAUCCCGUAUGGAAUGAACAAUUUGUUCAUGAUGUUAUCAAUGCUAAAAAUAUUAAUUUGACGGUUUUUCAUGAUGCCGCGUUGCCACCAGAUGAAUUUGUUGCCAAUUGUACUAUUCCAUUUGAAGAUCUUUUACAUAGAGAAUGUUCAACACAAGAUUUAUGGGUUGAUCUUGAACCACAAGGCAAAAUUCAUGUUAACAUUGAAAUCAAAUAUCAAGAGCCAAGUACUCCAGUUAUGGAUGCUACAUCAAAUGUGGGAACUAAGAAAAAAGAAUUUAAAGAAAGAGCUGGUUUCGAAAAAAGACGAGGUGCUAUGCGAAGACGUGUUCAUCAAGUUAAUGGUCACAAGUUCAUGGCAACAUUUUUACGUCAACCCACUUUUUGUUCGCAUUGUCGUGAAUUUAUAUGGGGAAUUGGUAAACAAGGCUAUCAGUGUCAAGUAUGCACUUGCGUUGUUCAUAAAAGAUGCCAUAGAUCGGUCGUUACCAAAUGUCCUGGGAUGCGGGAAGAGCAAACCCGAGCUGAUACCGGUCCAGUAGGUCAAAGAUUUCAAAUUAAUGUUCCACAUCGCUUUGUGGUACAUAACUACAGGCGUUUUACAUUUUGUGAUCAUUGUGGUUCCUUAUUAUAUGGAAUUGUAAAACAAGGUUUACAAUGUGAAGUUUGUAAUAUGAAUGUACAUAAACGAUGUCAAAAGAACGUAGCAAAUACAUGUGGUAUUAAUACAAAACAUUUAGCAGAAAUAUUGAAUCAACUUGGUAUUUCGCCGGAUAAAAAUGCACCACCGAGACGACCACCAAUUAAAUAUUUAAAUCAAGAACCAGAACAAAUUGGUUCUGAUCAACAAAAAGAUGAUAGUGGUAGAGAACCUCCGUCAUCGUCAACUGGUCAAACAAAAUUGUCUCAAUUUGAGCAAAUUGUUGAAAGUCGUUCUGGAAAAUUGGGCUUGCAAGAUUUUACUUUUAUUAAGGUAUUAGGAAAGGGUUCAUUUGGUAAAGUAAUGUUAGCUGAAAAAAAGGGAACUGAUGAAAUUUAUGCCAUAAAAGUUUUAAAAAAGGAUGCUAUUAUACAAGAUGACGAUGUAGAUUGUACUAUGACAGAAAAGCGUAUACUUGCUUUAGCAGCAAAACAUCCAUUUUUAACAGCCUUACAUUCCUGUUUUCAAACGCCGGAUCGUUUAUUUUUUGUAAUGGAAUACGUAAAUGGCGGUGAUUUAAUGUUCCAAAUUCAAAAGGCAAGGCGUUUUGAAGCUGCUAGAGCUGCAUUUUAUGCUGCAGAAGUUACGUUAGCAUUACAAUUUCUUCAUUCACAUGGUGUAAUUUACAGAGAUUUAAAGUUAGAUAAUAUAUUAUUGGAUCAAGAAGGACAUUGCAAGUUAGCUGAUUUUGGCAUGUGCAAGGAGGGAAUUGCUGGAGAUGUUUUAACAACAACUUUUUGUGGCACUCCCGAUUAUAUUGCUCCAGAAAUUUUAAGAGAGCAAGAAUAUGGUGCCUCUGUUGAUUGGUGGGCUUUAGGUGUAUUAAUGUAUGAAAUGAUGGCUGGCCAACCUCCAUUUGAGGCAAAUGAUGAAGAGGAGUUAUUUGACUCAAUUUUGCAUGAUGACGUUUUGUAUCCUGUGUGGUUAUCUAGAGAAGCUGUAUCAAUUUUGAAGGGAUUUUUGACGAAAAAUCCUACCCAAAGACUAGGUUGUACAGGCAAUGAGAAUGAAAUUCGAAAGCAUCCGUUCUUUGCAAAAUUAGAUUGGGCAGAACUUGAAAAUCGCAAUGUGAAGCCUCCUUUUCGGCCUAAAAUGAAAAAUGCGAGGGAUGCAUCUAAUUUUGAUACAGAAUUUACAAAGGAGGAACCGGUUUUAACCCCUGUUCCGAAUGAUGUCAUACGUUGUAUUAAUCAAGAAGAAUUUGCCGGAUUCUCUUUUAUAAAUGUUGAUUUUGGUCCUGAGCGAAAAGUUCAUUAAGAAUAUACUUUGAUUUUCAAUAAAACCAAAAAAGAAAAACAAAACCAAAACAUUAUUACCAUUAUAUAUAAGAGCAAAAAUAGAAUAAUACAUAAAAUAUGUAUAAAAAUAGAAACAUGUAUUAUGUUUUAUCAACGGGGUAUUAUUUUAUCAAAUAAUACUUAAACUAUUUUUAAUAAUUUCUCUUUGUAAAUAAAUUUUGUUAAAGGAAAAAAAAAAAUAAAUGAAAAUUUUUAUGUUAUUAUAUUAGGUUAUGUUGUAAAUGAUCGUCACAAUAUGAUUAUCCAACAAAAAAACAAAAACCAAGUGUUUUAAGAUUUCAAUGACUUAUAAUGAAAAAAAAAUUUAAAAUAAAAAACCCAAGCGCGACAAAAAGUUUGAAAGUGCAGAAUGCUAUAUUGUUAAAUUUUUAUUUAUAAUUAUUUUAUUAUAAUUAUAUAGCUGAUUUUUUUUUAUUUUAUUGUAUUUAAGGUACCAGCUUUUUUUUUAACAAUUCUUUAGUUGUUUGAAUUUGUAAAUCAGAAUAAAAUACAAUAAUUAUCAAGAAAAAAAAAAUUUA